GGAUGGGGAAGAAGUGGAGGGACGAGGCGGAGAUGGAGCGGGGCUGCUCGGACCGCGAGGAGAGCGCCGAGAGCCGCAGGCGCAGCCGGAGCGCCAGCCGGGGCAGGUUUGCGGAGUCCUGGAAGAGGUUAAGUUCCAAGCAAGGGUCCACCAAGCGCUCGGGACUGCCGUCGCAGCAGACGCCGGCUCAAAAAUCCUGGAUAGAAAGAGCAUUUUAUAAAAGAGAAUGUGUUCACAUCAUACCCAGCACCAAAGACCCCCAUAGGUGUUGCUGUGGGCGUCUCAUAGGCCAACAUGUUGGCCUCACUCCUAGUAUCUCCGUUCUCCAGAAUGAAAAAAAUGAAAGCCGCCUCUCCAGAAAUGACAUCCAGUCUGAGAAGUGGUCCAUCAGCAAGCACACUCAACUCAGCCCAACAGAUGCUUUUGGGACUAUCGAGUUCCAAGGAGGCGGCCAUUCCAACAAAGCCAUGUAUGUGCGAGUCUCUUUUGAUACGAAACCGGAUCUUCUCCUACACCUGAUGACCAAGGAAUGGCAGUUGGAGCUUCCAAAGCUCCUCAUCUCUGUCCAUGGUGGCCUCCAGAACUUUGAGCUCCAGCCAAAACUCAAGCAGGUUUUUGGGAAAGGUCUCAUCAAGGCGGCCAUGACAACUGGAGCAUGGAUAUUUACUGGAGGGGUAAACACAGGUGUUAUUCGUCAUGUUGGAGAUGCUUUGAAGGACCACGCAUCUAAGUCCCGAGGAAAAAUUUGUACCAUAGGAAUCGCUCCUUGGGGGAUUGUAGAAAAUCAAGAGGAUCUAAUCGGAAGAGAUGUCGUCCGGCCCUAUCAGACCAUGUCCAACCCCAUGAGCAAGCUCACUGUUCUCAACAGCAUGCAUUCUCAUUUCAUCCUGGCUGACAACGGAACCACUGGAAAAUACGGAGCCGAGGUGAAACUUCGAAGACAACUGGAAAAACAUAUUUCACUCCAGAAGAUAAACACAAGAUGCCUGCCGUUUUUCUCUCUUGACUCCCGCUUGUUUUAUUCAUUUUGGGGUAGUUGCCAAUUAGAACCAAUUGGAAUUGGUCAAGGCGUUCCAGUGGUGGCGCUGAUUGUAGAAGGAGGACCCAAUGUGAUCUCAAUUGUCUUGGAGUACCUGCGAGACACUCCUCCAGUACCAGUUGUUGUCUGUGAUGGGAGUGGACGGGCAUCUGACAUCCUGGCAUUUGGACAUAAGUACUCAGAAGAAGGAGGACUUAUAAAUGAAUCUUUGAGGGAUCAGCUGUUGGUGACCAUCCAGAAGACCUUUACAUACACUCGAACCCAAGCUCAGCAUCUGUUCAUCAUCCUCAUGGAGUGCAUGAAGAAGAAGGAACUGAUAACGGUAUUUCGGAUGGGAUCAGAAGGACACCAGGACAUUGAUCUAGCUAUCCUGACAGCUUUGCUCAAAGGUGCCAAUGCCUCAGCCCCAGACCAACUGAGCUUAGCUUUAGCCUGGAACAGAGUGGACAUCGCCCGCAGCCAGAUCUUUAUUUAUGGGCAACAAUGGCCGGUGGGUUCUCUGGAACAAGCCAUGUUGGAUGCCCUAGUUCUGGACAGAGUGGAUUUUGUGAAAUUACUCAUAGAGAAUGGAGUAAGCAUGCACCGUUUUCUCACCAUCUCCAGACUAGAAGAAUUGUACAAUACGAGACAUGGGCCCUCAAAUACAUUGUACCACUUGGUGAGGGACGUCAAAAAGCGAGAAUAUCCAGGUUUCGGUUGGAUCUAUUUUAAGGGGAACCUGCCACCUGACUACAGAAUCAGCCUGAUUGACAUCGGCCUGGUGAUCGAAUACCUGAUGGGCGGGGCCUACCGCUGCAACUACACUCGCAAGCGCUUCCGGACCCUCUACCACAAUCUAUUCGGCCCCAAGAGGCCGAAAGCCUUGAAACUGCUGGGAAUGGAGGAUGACGUUCCCUUGAGGCGGGGAAGAAAGACAACUAAGAAGCGUGAAGAGGAAGUGGACAUUGACUUAGAUGACCCUGAGAUCAACCACUUCCCUUUCCCCUUCCACGAGCUGAUGGUGUGGGCCGUCCUGAUGAAGAGACAGAAGAUGGCCCUGUUUUUCUGGCAGCAUGGCGAGGAGGCCAUGGCCAAGGCCCUGGUGGCCUGCAAGCUCUGCAAGGCCAUGGCUCACGAGGCCUCCGAGAAUGACAUGGUUGAUGACAUCUCCCAGGAGCUGAAUCACAACUCCAGGGACUUUGGGCAGUUGGCUGUCGAGCUCCUAGACCAGUCUUAUAAGCAGGACGAGCAGCUGGCCAUGAAACUGCUGACGUAUGAACUGAAAAACUGGAGCAAUGCCACGUGCCUGCAGCUGGCCGUGGCCGCCAAGCACCGAGACUUCAUCGCACACACGUGCAGCCAGAUGUUGCUCACAGACAUGUGGAUGGGCCGGCUCCGAAUGCGCAAGAACUCAGGCCUCAAGGUAAUUCUGGGAAUUCUACUUCCUCCUUCAAUUCUCAGCUUGGAGUUCAAGAACAAAGACGACAUGCCUUACAUGUCUCAGGCUCACGAAAUUCAUCUCCAAGAGAAGGAGCCAGAGGAACCAGAGAAGCCCUCGAAGGAAAAAGACGAAGAGGACAUGGAACUGACUGCAAUGUUGGGAAGAAACAGCGGGGAGUCCUCCAGGAAGAAGGAUGAAGAGGAAGUUCAGAGUAGACACCGGUUAAUCCCCCUAGGCAGAAAAAUCUAUGAAUUCUAUAAUGCACCUAUCGUAAAGUUUUGGUUCUACACGCUGGCUUACAUCGGAUACCUGAUGCUGUUCAACUAUAUCGUGUUAGUGAAGAUGGAGCGCUGGCCAUCCACCCAGGAAUGGAUCGUCAUUUCCUAUAUCUUCACCCUGGGAAUAGAGAAGAUGAGAGAGAUCCUGAUGUCAGAGCCAGGAAAGCUGCUGCAGAAAGUGAAGGUGUGGCUACAAGAGUACUGGAAUGUCACAGACCUUAUAGCCAUCCUACUCUUCUCUGUUGGAAUGAUCCUUCGUCUCCAAGACCAGCCCUUCAGGAGUGAUGGCAGGGUCAUCUAUUGUGUGAACAUCAUUUAUUGGUACAUCCGCCUAUUAGACAUCUUCGGCGUGAACAAAUAUUUGGGCCCAUAUGUAAUGAUGAUUGGGAAAAUGAUGAUAGACAUGAUGUACUUUGUCAUCAUAAUGUUGGUGGUGCUGAUGAGUUUUGGGGUCGCCAGGCAAGCCAUUCUCUUUCCCAAUGAAGAACCAUCAUGGAAGUUGGCCAAGAACAUCUUCUACAUGCCCUAUUGGAUGAUAUAUGGGGAAGUGUUUGCAGACCAGAUAGACCCUCCAUGUGGACAGAACGAGACCCGGGAAGAUGGUAAAAUAAUCCAGCUGCCUCCCUGCAAGACAGGGGCGUGGAUCGUGCCAGCCAUCAUGGCCUGCUACCUGCUCGUGGCCAAUAUCUUGCUGGUCAACCUGCUCAUCGCUGUCUUUAACAAUACGUUCUUUGAGGUCAAAUCAAUAUCCAACCAAGUGUGGAAGUUUCAGAGGUAUCAGCUCAUCAUGACCUUCCACGAAAGGCCGGUUCUGCCCCCACCUCUGAUCAUCUUCAGCCACAUGACCAUGAUCUUCCAGCACCUGUGCUGCCGCUGGCGGAAACAUGAGAGCGACCCUGACGAGAGAGACUAUGGCCUGAAACUCUUCAUAACUGAUGAUGAACUUAAGAAAGUACAUGAUUUUGAAGAGCAAUGCAUAGAGGAAUACUUUAGAGAGAAGGAUGACCGAUUCAACUCUUCCAAUGACGAGAGGAUACGGGUGACUUCAGAAAGGGUGGAGAACAUGUCCAUGCGGCUGGAGGAGGUGAACGAGAGGGAGCACUGCAUGAAGGCGUCGCUGCAGACCGUGGACAUCCGCCUGGCUCAGCUCGAGGACCUCAUCGGGCGCAUGGCCACCGCCCUGGAGCGCCUGACCGGCCUGGAGCGGGCCGAGUCCAACAAGAUCCGCUCGCGGACCUCCUCGGACUGCACCGACGCAGCCUACAUCGUGCGCCAGAGCAGUUUCAACAGCCAGGAGGGCAACACCUUCAAGCUCCAAGAGAGUCUCGACCCUGCAGGUGAGGAGACCUUGUCCCCAACUUCUCCCACCCUAAUGCCCCGUAUGCGAAGCCAUUCCUUUUAUUCGGUUCAUGUGAAAGACAAAGGUGGUGUAGACAAGCUGGAGAGUCUGUUGAAAGAGAGGUCCCUGAGCCUGCACCGGGCGACUAGUUCCCACUCGGUAGCCAAGGAGCCCAAAGCGCCCGCCGCCCCGGCCAACACCCUGGCCAUUGUCCCCGACUCCCGGAGGCCGUCCUCGUGCAUCGACAUCUACGUCUCGGCCAUGGACGAGCUCCACGGGGACAUGGACCCGCUGGGGGACCCGUCCAUGAACAUCCUGGGGCUGGGCGAGCCGAGCUUCUGCAGCCCGCUGGCCUCGGCGGCCCCUUCCAGCAGUGCCUACGCCACCCUGGCGCCCAGCGACCGCCCCCCGAGCCGCAGCCUCGACUGCGAGGACAUCACCUCCCUGGACACCAGGUCCUUCUCUUCGGACUACGCCCCCCUCCCCGAGGGCCUCGCCCCCUGGGACGCGGAGCCGCCCCUGUACCACACCAUCGAGCGCUCCAAGAGCAGCCGCUACCUGGGCGCCGCCGCCGCGCCCUUCCCGCUGGAAGAUGCGCCCCUGGUGAAGUCGCACAGCUUCGUGUCCUCGCCGUCCAGGAGCUACUACGCCAACUUCGGGGUGCCCGUGAAGACGGCGGAGUACACGAGCAUCACGGACUGCAUCGACACGCGCUGCGUGCACGCCCCGCAGGCCGUGGCCGACCGCGCCGCCUUCCCCGGGGCGCCGGGGGGCCCGGCGGAGGACGCGUCGUGCUGCCACCCGGAGCGCGAGGCCGAGCUGAGCCACCCCAGCUCCGACAGCGACGAGAACGAGCCCAAAGGGCCGAGGGGCGGCCCCGAGGGCCCCCCGCAGGAGGCCGACGACGCCCAGCGCAGCGCCCUGGCCAACAACAUCACCGUGCCCAAGAUCGAGCGCGCCAACAGCUACUCGGCCGACGAGCCCAGCGCGCCCUACGCGCACGCCAGGAAGAGCUUCUCCAUCAGCGACAGGCUGGACCGGCCGCGGACCACGGCCAGCCUGCGAAACCCCUUCCAGAGAAGUAAGUCCUCCAAGCCAGAAGGCCGAGGGGACAGCUUGUCCAUGCGGAGACUGUCCAGAACGUCCGCUUUCCACAGCUUCGAAAGCAAGCACAACUAA